UUUUUACAAACAAAGAUGAUAACUUGCUUGGGCCGAAUCGUACACGACAGCGACGCCGAAUCGAAGCUCGACGACGACGCUUCCACCGUAUUCAGAUCCCUCAACUUGCAAGGCACCAUUGAGAACGGCGACUUCUCCAGCAUAGCAAGUAAAGAUUUCGGCCGUCUGAAUUCGGUCAAGCCCUUGUUUUUAAUCAAACCUUCGGGAGUAGAGGACAUAGCUCGGGUUGUUAAAGCCGCGGCCAGGACUCCCCAUCUGACGGUGGCGGCGAGGGGUAACGGCCACUCCAUCAACGGUCAGGCUAUGUCUGAUGGUGGGUACGUUCUGGACAUGCGUUCCACCGCGGACAACCAUUUCAAACUGAUGACCGUCAAUGGCUCCCCUUGCAUCGACGUCUCCGGCGGGGCAUUAUGGGAAGACGUCUUGACACGGUGCGUUUCGAGGUACGGUUUGGCUCCGAGGUCGUGGACGGAUUACCUGAGCUUGACCGUGGGUGGCACUUUGUCUAACGCCGGCGUUAGUGGACAAGCGUUCCGUUAUGGUCCCCAGACGUCGAACGUUACGGAAUUAGAAGUCGUAACGGGGAAAGGAGAAAUAAAGGUCUGCUCCGAAACCCAAAACCCGGAACUCUUUUUCGGAUCCCUCGGCGGACUCGGUCAGUUCGGUAUUAUUACCCGAGCAAGGGUAAAGCUUCAGCAAGCUCCAGACAUGGUGAGAUGGAUAAGAGUCGUGUACUCCGAGUUUGAGGAAUUCACUCGGGACGCCGAGUUUCUGGUGAGUCGGAAAGAAGGCGGGUCGUUUGAUUACGUCGAAGGGUUCGUAUUCUGCAACAGCGAUGAUCCAGUGAAUGGCUGGCCGUCCGUACAGCUAAACCCGGUCCAAGAGUUCAACCCGAGUCGCCUCCCUCAAACCGCCGGUUCAGUCCUCUACUGCCUUGAAGUGGCAUACCAUUACCGGAACAGUGACCACUCUUCAACCGUAGAUACGGCCGUAAGCAGACUUUUUGGACGGCUACGAUUCGUGGAGCGGUUGAUGUCAACGGUGGACGUUAGCUACAUGGAGUUCUUGUUGCGUGUGAAACGAGCGGAGGAACACGCUAAAGCCAAUGGUGUUUGGGACAUUCCUCACCCUUGGUUGAACCUGUUCGUGUCCAAAAAGGACAUCGCUGAUUUCGAUCGGACGGUGUUUAAGAAUAUGGUGAAAGAUGGAAUCGGUGGGCCCAUUUUGAUCUACCCUCUUCUGCGAAGCAAAUGGGAUAGUCGAACAUCGGUGGCAUUGCCGGAAAGCGAGAUCUUUUACAUUGUGGGAUUGCUCCGAUUUGUCCCGAAGGGCCCGUUAGUCGACGAAAAAGUCGGGGAAAAUCGAGAGAUUGUUAAUUGGUGCAUCAGUGAGGGUUUGGAUUUCAAGCUAUACCUCCCUCACUACCGUUCAAAGGAGGAUUGGAAACGACAUUUUGGGAUUCAAUGGACAAGAUUUGCCAAGAGAAAGGCCAGUUUUGAUCCUAAGGCCAUCCUUGCACCUGGACAGAGAAUUUUUAAAAGGGGUACUACUACCCGACAAUAACAGUAGGCAAUUGUAAUUUCUGCUAAUUUCUCAAAUAUAUAUAAAAUUUUAU